UUCUGACUAACCGUUAGGACCCCAACACGUGUGCGGCUAAAGUCGGCCUGUGUGAGUCAGACAGGUAGGUCUAGUCUGGUGACGCUGUGCGGAAGUUGUACACAGUACGGAUAUAAGGAACAACACACGGCAGGGAUAUCAUAUCAACUACAGCUGGGCACAAACAGAAACACCGUCACAAGGUGGAACAUCAUUCAAUAAGAUGAACUACGCCAGACGAGCCUUCAUCCAUGAGGAGGUGUCCCGGGUCCUGUCCGAUUAUCCCGGCCUUCGAGCUGUACAGGAGUCUGUCUCCGCGUCAGGUAAAAGACGCAAAAGACGCCAAGUUGCCAUUAGUCUAGAAGGACAUCUACCGACAAUGCAAGGGGGUAUGGUGUGUGACAUUCCUGUGUUGGUGCGACUCGCCCCUGAUCACCCCCGAUCUCCGCCCGAGUGUUUUGUUGAAGGACGGAACUUUGGCGAGCUGGAGAGAGUACACAUCCCUUACCUCUCCAACUGGCAACAUCCGUACAGUUCACUCUGUGAGCUGCUGGAUAACCUGACGUUCUCCCUGCACAGUCACGGGAAGAGGGACACCGACUUCUCUCUCAUCACGCUCCCAGCAGACACAUUCACCAUCCCAAGACCAAGAAUGGCGGUUGUGCCGAUGAGAAGUGAUGACGUCAGGAGAGGGAGUGGAGAUUCCGGGUUUGUGUCAGACACACCAGACAGACCUGCACGGACCGGGCAGCUAAGCUAUCACGUGUACCUGCAUGUGCUGGGGAACACCGUGCUACUGAGACAAGAUGAAAGGAUGUUCUCCGUUUGCGGGAUGACGUUUGUGUGAUCAGACUU